AUGUCCGGCAAUUUUUCGCCCAAAGCCAGCACCAGUAAGCUGCCGACAGAUGCGUCUCCCGACUCCAAAUGCCCCAUCUGCCUGGAUAGAUUUGACAAUGUUGCGUAUCUGGACCGCUGCUUGCACAGGUUCUGCUUCCGCUGUGUCCAAGAAUGGUCAAAAAACAAGGCAGAGUGCCCGCUCUGCAAGCAGCCCUUUUUCUCCAUUUUCCAUACAAUCCGUGCUGAAGAUGACUUUAAGGAGUACAUCCUGAGCCCUUUAGAAACCAGCUCUUUUGCCAGCCCCGACGGCCGGAGGUUUCGUUACCGCACUACCUUAACGAGGGAGCGCCGCGCGCGCAGCUCCCCUUCGCGCAGGAUGCUGUCCCCUCCAGAUAACGGGAUGCUGUUUGAAGGGCUGUCCGCUGAGCCAACGCGACACAGACACAGAGAGAUUGAGCAGAUGCUCAGGAGGCUGGCCUCGAGGAGGAAGGCCAGCGCAGAGGGCAGAUCUCUGCGGCAGAUUGAGGAGGAGGACAUGAUCAACUUCCGCAGGGCUCUGUACCGCACCGGCGUGCGCAUCCGCAGCAUUCAGGACGGCGGGCGGUACCGAGAGAUUUCGGCAGAGUUCUUCCGCCGCAACCCGGCUUGCCUUCACCGCUUGGUUCCUUGGCUGAAGAGAGAACUGACGGUCCUGUUUGGAGCGCACGGAUCUCUGAUCAAUAUUGUGCAGCACAUAAUCAUGAGUAACGUCACUAGGUAUGAUCUGGAAAGCCAGGCUUUUGCUGAUGAUUUGAAGCCGUUUUUGCUGAAUCGGACAGAACACUUCCUGCACGAAUUCAUCAGUUUUGCUCGUUGUCCUUUUAACUUAGAGGCGUAUGACCAACAUGCCAAUUAUGACUGUCCUGCGCCGUCGUACGAGGAAGGAAGCCACUCAGAGUCAUCAAUUAUUACAAUAUCGCCAGAUGUGGCGUACCCUCAAGGGCCAGAUAAUAGUUUGUCUGUUCCUGGUCUGGGUCAGGCCCCCUGGGAUGAUGAAACUCCCGGGCCUUCCUAUUCCAUUUCAGAAGAGGUUCGUGCAACCAUAGCUUGUCCUCUGGGGUCAUCAGAAAGUUCAGAUGAGGACUGUGCUCCAGGGAGUCAAAGAACUAAAUUGCAGAGUGAGUUACAGGCUAAUGCUGACUCAAAUGACAGUGGCUCCUCCUCAGACAAUUGUGUCAUUGUUGGGUAUGUUAAGCCGUUAGCUGAGAGGACACCUGAAGUGGUUGAGCUGUCCUCUGACUCUGAGGAGUCCAUCAAGGAGGAGAAAAAGGAAGAUGUCAAGAAACAGCAACCAGUCCAGUGUCACAGCUGGAGUGACAGUGAACCAAGCAGGAGUUUCUCACCCCAUUCCCCAAUGUAUAGGGAGGAUGUAGGAAGUUGUAGAAGAUAAAUACAGUGCCAUUAA